ACGUUUUGCAUCGUUUUUCUACACUAAACGUAUUUUUCUAAUAUAUUUUCGUAAUUGAAAAGUGAAAAUGGAUUAUAAUAAUCGUAAACCGUGUCCACCGCUCGCAGUACUUGACAAUUUGUUGUCUUCGGACGAUUUUAGUUGCCUGGAGGCUCUAGGUGCUCAGCAAGAUUAUGGUGGCAGAUCCGGCGGCACUGCGAUGAAAACAAACCAGCUUAGAUUGGGCGCGAGAGCCAACCAGAAUGUUUGUUCACAACCCAGAGAAACUACGAUCUCACACGGAGGUCCAAACGUUCGCCAACAAACCGGAACCGAAAAUGAAAUUCCACCACAAUUGCUGGAAGAGAUUUAUCAGCUGGAUGACGCCCUGGAGGAGCGUGGCCAAAGACAUCGCAGGGGUCCAGUGGGACCCAAUCAAAGCCUAAGUGAUUUCGAGCGAGAUCUCGUAGCCGAGAUGGCGCAUUUGUUUCCAUCCAGGGUACCAGUAAAUCGUCCGAUUCCGGCACUUAGAAGAUUCAACAGUUCGAUGAACCUUCAAGCAGUCACCUCAGCGAGGUUGCCAUUGUUUUGUCGACAAAAAUUUGUACCGAUAAUAUCACAGAAUAACACAGGCGCGAUUCCCAAAGAGCGGGUUAAACCGACGAUGAUUUGCAACCCGAUCCAGCCGCCAAAGCCUGUUGUCGCUAAGAUAAGAACUAUUAUCACCAAAGCGCCCAAACGAACGAUUGCUUCCACCUAUGGACAGGGAACCGGCAGAGUGGUGGUAAACUCGCGUAUCACACAAACCUCGGCUGAAGGAACUCACCGCCAGGAGCCGAGAGCUGUCGAUUCUAGACCGGUCGCUGUACCAACGAUCUCCACGAGUGUCCCACCCAAGCAAUCAAGAAAGCAGCAACUGAAAUCUCGCUCGCAGCGCGAUGCGUUGCGGGAGGCUAUGGCCAGGAAACAGGUAGGAGCAGCCGAAGACCAGAAUGUAGUUUCUAGUACCGGUCGCCCUGGUACAAUGCCCAAACCGCAGGUCGGAACAGUCGGAGAGAAGGUUGCUGUUGCUGGCACCGCCAAUCGACCUGGCACAUUGGCCGGAGCCCCAACUCCGAGCUUCCAGUCACAGGAUCAUAUGACCGGAAACAGAAACCAACAACAGGACACUAAGCGAUCCGCAACCGAGGCAAGAAACAGCAAGAAACGCUCGCAUGCGGCCCUCCAGAGACGGGGCCCGGGCCUCGGAAUCGAAUUUCUUCCAACGGCAUUCAACAUUAGCGACUUGUUGGUGUGCGAAGUUUGCCGGAAGACAUUCCGCUCCCAGGAGCAGCUCGAUGUGCACAUGAACAUCCACAGGGCGCCAUUUGUUUGCCGGUUCUGCAAGAGGGAGUUCCGCGAAGUGCCCUUCAAUCACACAUGCUGCGUAAUGAAGCGUGAGAUGGAAUUUAAAAUGAAUGAACGUCGCACCAACUAGUUUUUAUGGCGAUUAUCUCGUUGAUGCCUUAUAAACAACUGUUAUUUAUUAUCC